AUGGCCCCUACAGCCGGCGGCAGCGCCGCCAUCUCCGUCGCCGCUAACAACAACCGCUACCAAAAUUCCGUUUCUGCUCCUUCCCUCGCUGGGAAACCUGACCAAAAACCCUUGUCUCUGCACCCUAAACCCUUAGCCACUGACAUGAUUGAUCCUUCGUCGUCAUCGUCAAUGGGUCCAGUGUGGAUCGAUGGAUCCGAAGAGGACUUGAUCCUAUCCAAGUCCGAGUAUCUGACCCGACACGAGGUGCUAAAACGCCGGGCCCGCCGGACUAAGCAACUGGUCCGUAUUUACCGGGACCACUACUGGGCGUUAAUGGAGGAGCUUAAACUCAAGUACAGAGAAUACUGCUGGGAGUACGGAAAAAGCCCUUUUCAAGAAGAUGAAGAGAACGAGAAAAUCAACUCGAAUUGCGGGGACGGAACAAGAAUAAUUCAAGAGAACUUUAAUGGGAUUGGUAGUAAGAAUGGAAAUUCUGGGGUUAACAGUGGGAAUAUUAUUGUUAAUAGGUGUGGGGUUCAUGGGUGCAAGGCGAAGGCCAUGGCAUUGACCAAGUUUUGCCAUAUGCAUAUACUUUCUGACUCCAAGCAGAAGCUCUAUAAGGCUUGCAAUUUCUCCAUCAAAAGGGAUGGCAUGGGGCUGCAGCGGCCUUCCUGUCCCCACCCUGUUGGGAUUUUUGGGAAUGCGGGUGCAUCUUCCCUUUUCCCUAGCCUUGGAGAAAUUCAUUACUCGUUUCUUUUUGCUGGAAUAACUGAACAACCAGAGCUUAUGAUUAGAAUAGCAAUAAUCUGGUAA